CAAAGAAUGCUCAACAAUCCAGUCGUUCAAAAUCUAAAGGAAUAUAAUCCAAAUACAACAAAUACAUUCUUCAACAUGAGCGAUACCCAGGGUCAGGUUAAGAUGGUGGCUGAGCAAGCUCUGGCCAAUCUCGUGGAGCGCGCCAAACGUCUUCAGCUGAGCAGUGUGUCCACCAUAGAUCCCAGUGCCACACGCAUAACAAUUCAAACUCUUUCCGAUUGCAACAUAACAGUUAAUAAUUCAAAAACAAAGACAAAGGUCAUCAAUGCCGCUGGACCCGGAACACAGCGAGCUAUGGCCGCCACAGCCAGGAAGCCGCGUAAAAUGGACUUGGAGCCAUCGCCACCGCCACCAUCACCACGCGAGCCAUGCAUGAUCGCGGAGCUGAGAGAUGAGUAUCAUCAGACCGAUCAGCUAAUUGAUAAAAUGCUCACAGAUGCCACAGUCCUGAGCCGGGAUAUGAUUUAUUGUUCUCAGCAUCAGCGUGAUCUCACCUUGGUCCAAGAGAUCGAAAUUGAGACCGCACACCGUUCAUUGGACACACUUUUUGAGGCGCUCAGCGCGGAAUGCGAACGCCAGGAUCUAAAGGAAAUAAUGCGUCGCUGCUGCUGCGCCCUCGAACGCUCCAAGGAGCGCGUUUACUCUGAUCCACACAAGUCCAUUAUGGACGCUCCCCACACACUUUAUGAUGGGCUGCCCAAUUAUGCCAGCAUCCAAGAAGCCAUCGCCGAUGAGCUGAUGCCCCCAGAGUCUCUGGCUGAUAACCUAAAUGAGCUAGCAUCUGACAAUGGCAACGUGUCCCCGAACAAACUUCAGCUUGAUAGCAAGUCAGGCAGAAAGACUCCAGAGGGGAUGCCCCAAAACAUGGCCAUAGCCGAGCAAAUCACUAAAUAGUUAUUUUCCACAUUGAAAUUGUCGCUAACAAUCAAUAAAAGUCUCGAUUUACUGUCA